AGCCAAUAGCUACAUUUCUUACUGAGGAGUUGGCAACAGUCAGCGGUGACAGACGUGGUGACGACGACGACGUAGCUGGUCACCUCUCGGUCACCUGAAAGCCAAAUAAUUGAAACUUGUGUGAGGAUGACUUGUGUGCUUUUGAGAAGACUUUGGCCCAGUGUGGCCAAGCACCAACAAUCCUACCGGAGUGGUUUUCGUUCUUUCGCCAACCUGCCGGAAGAUGUCCAAACGGCGGAGUGGGUUAGCGAGGUCACAUCCUCCCAGUUGAGGAGCAUGCUGUCCAAGCGUGACCUCCAACUGUUUGAUGUGAGAAAUCCCGAUGAAUUCAAGGCCGGCCGCAUCCCGCAUGCGGUCAACAUGCCGUUGGACGCUCUGGAGGAGUCUCUGAAGAUGUCCCCGGAGAGCUUUCAGCAGAGAUUUCAAGUGAGGGCGCCAGCAAAAGACGACGACAACAUCGUCUUUCACUGCUUCAGUGGGAGGAGGAGCGCCAAAGCGCUGGACAUUGCCCGGAAGAUGGGCUUUAACAGGGCCAGACAUUAUAAAGGAGGCUACAGCGAGUGGGCGGAGCAAGAGAGAAAAAACUCGGCGAGCUGAGUUGUGGCGUCGGAGUCUAUUUAUGUAUCUAUGCUAUGAUGCUAGCAUUAUACUGUAAUACACACUCACUGUAUGAUGGAAUGAUGGACAUCAAUGAAAUCUGAUGGUAAUCAAUAAAUCCAACAUGAGCUCACAUUUGUGUGGUGGAAGUCAUGCAGUACGAAGGCCAGUCAAGUCAAGCCUACUAUAAAU